CUGCCACCGGCACCACGGUCGACUGAGAGCACUCUUGAAUCCUCAUGCUCGCACGAACGCCCCUGCUCCGGGCGCUUGGCCGCCAGACGCGGCGCCAUGCGUCGUCUCUGUCGCUGCCGAUCAUCGACCUCAGCGACGAAGCAACAACCGUCGCUGCCUUGGACGACGCCUUCUCGACGUUUGGCUGCUGCUACAUCAAAGGUCAUGGCAUCAACCUCGAGAAGGAAACGCAUGUCAUGAAGGCAGCGCACGAAGUCUUCCGCAUGCCGGCCGAGGCCAAGAAGCUCUGCGAGCGCCCGAGCCUCGGCAACGGCUUCAUUCGCGGCCACAUUGGUCUUGGCGGCGAAAGCGGGAGCGAACUCAUCGAAGUCAAGGAGGCUUUUUCGUACGGCUACGAAUGGCCGGCGGACGUUGCGCCGACCAACCCCCUCCAGGGUCCCAACGUGUGGCCGCCCUCGACUGCGCUCGAUGUGACGCACCAGCGCACGCUGCAGUCGUAUUUCACCGACCUCACGAACAUCUCGACGACGCUGACGCGCAACAUGUCUCUUGCGCUUGGGCAGUCGGCGUCGUACUUUGGCGACUACGCCAAAGAAGGCGACACGAUCUCGAUCAUGCGCGCGUUUCACUACUUCCCCUACGACAAGCUGCGACGCAAUGCGUCCGACACCAACUUUGUCGGGUCGAGUCCGCACACGGACUGGGGCUUUCUGACGCUGAUUUUGCAAGACCCGACCGGCGGCCUCCAGUUUCUGCAUGAGAACGAGUGGAUCGACGUGCCGUACAUCCCCGGCACGAUCGUCGUCAACGGCGGCGACUACCUCUCGCUCCUCACCAAAGGCAAGUGGGUCUCGCCGAUCCAUCGCGUUGUGAGCGAACACACGUCCGACGAGCGCUACUCGAUGGUGUUCUUCUACUACCCCGACUACGACGCGCGUAUUCCCAAGCCCCAAGGCGUCAAGCAGACUGCGACCGCCAUUGCGUCGACGCUCAACACGCUCGUGGAUGGAUCGCUCGACCUCGAGAAAACGUCGUUCGGCGAGUACAUUGCGUCCAAAUGGGCCAACGUCCAGCGCUCGACCUAAGCUUCUCAAUGCAUCUCGAAAGUAUCUGUCUUCUC